AAAUAGAUACGCUUAUCGAUCCAUUGAACAAUCGGGGCCUUUGGUUUAGUUGGUUUUUUAUUAUUACUAUCAUUUAUUUUUAAUUAAUAUUUUUUUUUGGAGUGCUGCCAAAUCAAUGUUAAGCGUAGGAGCCCCUCUGAUUUCACCGCCUACUUGCAAGAAACUAAGCUCGUAAGAAAUUAAGAAACUAACUACAACAAGCUUUUCACCCAGUUUAUCAUCCAAAUAAAAUCUCUGCACGACUGUAAACUUAAAAAUAAAAGUAAAGUAAUUUUUAUUCAGACUGAGGCUUUAUACCUAACACACCUACCACAGUCCGCCAUUGAAGGAAAAUGCUUAACCAAGCACUAGUAUUUUUUCCACCAGUAAGUAGUAACAAAAAUUACUCCGUCCUGGUUGGACCCCUGCGUGCCUAUUUGUUACGUCAUUAGAGCGUCAUCACGUAGUUGUCCUUAUUUCAACUUAUCUAACUGGAUCGCUUAAUGAAUGACGUGCACUAAACGGGUACUUUCUUGUUGCGUCCCUAUACCUUCUGUAAGACUGAUGGACCAUAAUUACUGACUUUUUUGGUUAAAUUAGGGGCGCUUACCAUUCGACCAAACUUUUGCUGUGCAUUUCAAGAAAUCUCCAGUGGGCAAUGAAACAGCAUUUUCCACAAUUUUCGAAAGAGAGGACAACCUCGCGAACACCCAAAAAAUUGGAAAAUUUGUCACCGGGAAUUUCUGUUUUAUUUGAUUUUAAUCCCGGAAUUUCCGAAAUUUUGGGUCGAAUGAUUUUCAUUUCGGAUAUUUAAUCAUUUUCGGAUUUUUGGCAAGCGUAGAAAGUGUCCAAGUUUUUGUCAGACUUCUUAACCUGGAAGUCUGCUGUUGGAACUGUGAGCGUUUACGUCCGUCCACACGAAGACGAUGAAAGGACCUGGCACCGUUCAAAUAUUAAUAUUCGUUUAGAGACUUAAGCGGAUAAGUGUGAACAGCCCAAGAGUGCUUCCAAUAUUGCAAAGGCGUUUGACGAUAAUGCUCCGAAGAGGAAAACCGAAGCUGAAAAAGAAUUUUUGACCAUCAGUAUCAGUAGUGUCUAAAUUUAUCAGUAAAAUUCUGCUCAACGCUAGCCGGGUUUCCGAUUAGAUCUUGGGUCUUGCCUUCUUUUUCGAAUCUUCGAGUCAUGUUUUUGUGCAUUUCUACCUAUUGCAGGCCGGCGUGUAUUAUUUUAGAAAUACAAACCAGUUUGGAUUUCAUAUUGGAGACUCUCCGGGCACCUUUUCUGAAAGUUCACGAGAUUUAGUCCACAUACAUGUACAGACGUGCUUUUCAACUGGCGUGUCGACAACUGCGUGAAAACAAAUUAAUUAUAUUUCGAUGAGCCGACAGCAAAACUCCUAAUUGCAUUUCUCAGUAGAUGCUUUCCCAUAAAACUGUUUUUUACAACCAAUAACAAAUGGCAAAACAAAACAUAAUGUUCACAAGUUAGUAACAAAAAUAAAAUUACUCCAGGUGCCCCAUUUGGGAGCCCAUUUUACUUUACGUUUUCAGCAAAGGCCAAUUUGCAUACCACAUAGUGCGACCAAUACAAUGUUGUUGAUGGUGUUAAAUUAUCGAUUAUUUCAAUAUUGCCUUGACUUUCCUACGGAGGCAAUUCACUUUGUUGUUACUAAUGGCAAGCUCAGUUAAGGAUUCGGCUUUUUAAUGUACGUCUCUCCACGUGAGUUGGUGAAUUUAGACUACUAAAAACGAGAUUCUCUACUUCGGUAGAUUUUAGAGUACUGGAUUGUUCACAAAACAUCCUGGCAAGUUUGAAUUGCGGUGGUUCCAAGCCGAGCCAACUCAUACUGGGUCUCAUAUUAAUGGCUCUUUGGCGAAUUCCUGUUUUAGGGAGACGAUUAUUUGGCAAGCGACGUUUUGUUUUUGUCGUAGUGGUGGCAAGCUUGCCUUUUAUUGGAUAUUUAUUGUUACUCAGUCCUUCGGAAAAACUGGUGACUGAAGAAUACUCACUCUCAAAGAAUACUGCUACAGAUGGCCCUUGUGAAACAAGACAACAUACUGAGUAUAACACAGAGAAACAAAUCAGAGCGAUGGUCGCAUCGACGGAACAAACGUUAACAGGGAAGCGAAAAAUCGAUAUCCACUCCUCAAUGCCAAAUGGAAGUUUGAACGUACACAUGUGGUCUGAAAUAUGCGGAACUGAAGUUGACAUUUUAAGACACUGGCCUCAUUUUCCUUACUUUCCAGACAAGACUUCUUUUAUUUAUGAAUUUCACAAAUCUCAGCUUCACAAUUCAAAUAAUAACGGAGAAAGAAUUUUUGGAUUUCUCCAUCCGCUGAAAAGCGGCCAGUAUAAGUUUGCCAUCACAUCAGAUGAUGCAUCAGAGUUGUGGCUGAGUCCAAAUGAAGAUCCCGCUUCCGCUAAGAUGAUCGCGCGCGUUUAUUCUCCGGAUGAAUCAGCUUGGACUCAGAAAGGAGACUUCAAUAAAUAUUCUGAUCAAAUAUCUGACCUGAUAACCCUUCAGUCUGGCAAGAAAUAUUACAUCGAGUCUUUGAGUAAGCAAGGUUCUGGAUUGGCCCACGUGGCUGUAUAUUGGUCAUAUAGCCCUUCCAAUACAGAAUUUGAAAUUAUUCCCACGAAAUAUUUGUCAAGUUUUUCUCAAAGUAAGCAUCAUGAAGCCAUUCCCCUUCACGCAGGAAAACAACCCAACAACUCGCCUCAAAGCAAGAGCAAACCAUAUGAUUUUCAUCGUCUUCCAUUCAUUAGCAGAGAAGAGUACAAUGGCCAAAUCCCAACUUGUCCUUACAGUCCCAGCUUUUUGGUGCGAGGAAAGCUUCAAAGGUAUCAGGGCAUUUCGCUGACAAGUGAGUCGCAUGUGUUCCCACAAGAUGACACAAACAUGUUAAAAAGCAUCUCAUGGAAACAUCGAUUGGCAACGCCUAAUCCACAUACGGACAAAAACAUAGUAGAAUCCUUCGUGAUCAAGUUUGUCAACUAUUUCAAGUCUUUGCAGGCCAGUUUAUUAUUCCUAAAACAAAAGACAGACCUUUUCAAAAGUGCCUGGAAACAUCCAUGGUCAAAACCCAAUCCACGGGUUUAUAGGAACACAGUUGAACCCAUCGUGAACAAGUUCAUCGAUGUUUUGCGGUCUAGGAACUACUUCUUGAAGAAAAUCCACAAAGUAACUCACAAGCCAGACCCGAAGUAUGGCGAUCGCUUCUUGUUAAACCUCGAACUCGGCUUGGACAACACCAAUCAAUCAUUUCGACUGUCAGAACACGUGUAUCAGAGAAAGGGAAACGACACCUUGUGCCUUCCUGAGGGUUUCAUAUGGAAUAACAGCGCUACAGUGUAUUUCAUUCUCCCUGUCAAAGAUCAAGGAAAGUGGGUGCAUCAUUUCAUAAAUCAACUGACUGAAGCCAGCUUCUUGACCGAUGACAGGAACUUUCACGUCAUAAUUGUUGAUUUUGAAAGUAAAGAUAUUGAUAUGGGCAAGGCGUUUAACACAUCU